AUGAAUAGCAACAUGUCUGAUUAUGGAGUCUCCAAGAGAUCCUCAACUAGACAACGCAAGUCCACUCUUACACAGCAACAAAAAAAUCAAAAGCGACAACGUGCUACACCUCACCAGUUAAAUGUACUCAAGAGUGAGUUUGAGAUUAACCAAACGCCAAAUGCAAAAACACGAGAAGAGAUUGGUCGACGAAUUGACAUGACUGAGCGGUCGGUUCAGAUUUGGUUUCAAAACAACCGGGCCAAAAAUAAAAUUUUGGCUAAAAAGCAUGGAAAUGGGUUCCCCUCAAAUGUUCAAUUUUCUAUGGGAGGACCAUAUAGUUAUAACCGUGCAAUACUUGGUCAACUGCAAAAUGGUCUUCAUCCCAUGGCUGCAACUUUCCCACCAACAUUUGUUGGAAACAGCAUGGCAGCAUUUCCAGGAAGCCAUAUGGGUCAUAUGACCACACCAGCCGGGACCACACCAAUAGCUGUUGCCACCAUGGGUAACGGAGCUCCAAUUGACACACAUGGCGCAUUCAACGCUGCUGCUUCAUUCAGCCAAAAUGUGCACCUGUCUUGCAUUUCUCUCGAAAUUGGCAAAUGGCGCAGAGUUUACACAGCUGGUGGAGUAACUAGUGAUCUUAUUAUUCUUUAUUCACCAAUUGAGUCUGCUAUUUCGUACACAAUGUACGCAAAUGGAACAGGGUUCCGCAUCAAGUACUACCUCAAGAGUGUCAAGAGCCUGGAAUUGACACCACGCUCAGAUAAUCCCAACAUGGGUGACAUUAUAAUAAAUCUUUUCCAGCCACCUAUAUUUAGCACACAAAGCCCAAAAAUGCCUGGAUGGGUUCCGUGCGAAGACUUUUCUGAAGAAUCUCAAGCCACUACCAAUAUGGUCCAUAAACUGGAGGGUCCCCUUGCACAGCUGGCUACUCAGCUGAGUAGAAUAUCAAUGCAUGAGCCCGGAAAAGUGGUUGGAGUCAAGAGCCCAUUGGCAUUUGGAAUGAAUCCUUUGAACCCAGUUAUGGUGGGCCAGUUUGGUCAGCCCCAAGUUAUGAUGGCAGCUGCAGCUGCUGCAAUGGGAAGCGGAGUUAAUGCUGCUGGCCGCCCCACAGGAAUGAUGGCGGGGACUAUGAGUGAGGCUACUAGCCCUGUAUCUUCGGCAUCCCGUCUUGCAGACAAUAUUGCAUUUGGAAUUUCCAUGAGCAAAUCACGCAGCAAAUCACUGCCUUCUUUGCUGCUUGACGAGUCAAUUGAAGACUUUCGCAAUAUGCUUGAGACUCAUGUUGAGGAUGAUGGUGACUGUUCCCAAAACUUUGACGAACAAAUCUACGAUACUGCGCUUACAGAUGAGGCGUCCACAACUUCUUUUUUCAUUAAUGAAGACAUUGUUGUUCCCGAAAUUACAUUAUCGCUAUCAAGUGCAACUUCUACAGAUGACUCAUUGGUUGAAACCAAGCUUCAAAACCUCAACGAGACUUUCACACAAACAGCUACACCUGUUUCCGAAACUGCAGCAGACAGUAUUCAAAACAAUGGUGUUUCUGCUGAGGAUGUUGCCGCUGCGCUGAUUGCUACUAAUGGCAUGCUUCACGAUGGGCUGCUGGUUGCGCCUGCUGCAGCCAUUAGCCAUGCCAGCAGCGCUGUUGUGUCGCCGUUGAUGCAGUUAAAGCCUAUGGGGUCAAUGAGCCAUGGGAAUUACGAGUUAGCUAGUGGCGUUGACCCUACACUUGGUGGAUCACAUGCUCUUUACGAGGAAGCUAGUGGAAUGGGAUUAGAAGCUCAUACUGGAAACGGUGACGAUGAUGACACCAAUGGUUCUAUUAGCACAACUAGUAACAAUAGUAGCGUGGGGAGCAUAAGCAGUGUAAGCAGCAUUAGCAGUACUGAGAGCAGUCUAGGCCUUACUACUGGGGAAUCUGAUGAGAAGCUUUUGAUGGCGACCUCUGCAAACCUACUGGACAUUGACGGGGUUCUUGGUGGAACAUCGGUUGGAGAUGGAAGUUCUUUUUCUGGAGACUUUGACAAAGUUCUGGAAAACUUUGGAGGCGACGGGUCUCUUUUCUCUCUGAUUCAAGUUUAA